AUGCUUCCCGCACCAACAGAGUGGUCCGAAGGGUACGACAUUCAGCAAGUCUUCACUUCAGUAGCCUACCCUCAGAGUAAUGGGCAGGCGGAGGUCGGCAACCGAGAAAUACUUUGGAUCCUGUGCGUUCGGCUCGACCACGUUGGAGGGAGUUGGGUAGAUGAACUCCCCAGCAUGCUAUGGGCAAUCCGCAUGACUCCCAAGGAAGGGACCGGGGCAACGCCCUUCCACAUGGUAUAUGGCGGCAAAGCGGUCGUCCCCGUCGAAGUCGGGGUUAAAUCUGACCGGAUACAACACUACAACGAAGAUAACGCCGAGCAGAGGCUUCUAGAGCUGGACUUGGUGGACGAAACGCGCGCUAAAGCGAUCAUCUGA